UAAUUCUAAUGUUGGUAAUGCUUUACGAUGCGAUCUGGUAUUAGGAUUGCCGCUUUGCCGAUUAAGACUAUGCUCAUCUUAGCAUCUUAUCAUAUCUAUUAUCUAUCUAUCUAUCUUAGGUCGCCAUGAUAGUUCAGCCCUUUGCGCCGGCGUGCCAGUCAACAUUUUUCGCGUAGUUGCCAGUACUAUCAUUACCACUUCCUUAACCACCUAUGCGAUCAGUUUCGCUGAAACAUUCAAACAGAAUCAAUUUGAAGAUUGAAGAAUUUGAGAAUUUCAAAGUUUUUUUUAAUAUAAAAUAAAUAGUAAUUAGUAAUACCCAGAAAUUUCACUACUUUUCCGAUUCUCAUGCUAAUUCCAAUUAGCUGAAUAAGAACUCACACGCGUUUAUAGAAAUCCAUAGAGAAACCAAAGCUGAAAAUACUUUAUUUUAUUUUCUUUGCAUGCAUACACAAUUAAUUUGAUAUUUCAAACGGCUGGCUGCAAUCAGCUGGGUCCCGGCUAAAUUACGCGCACAAUCAUAUGUAUGAACUUAUCAGUUUCGUUUACUAUUUCCUGUAUGGACGCAAUUCUGCUAAGUUGAAUAACUAACUAACCUUGAAUAAAUUACUUUUUUGUUUUCAUUGAAAUUUUCUACUUUGGUGGCAGUUCGGCAACAUGGCUGACCAGUAUGCAAUGUUUGGCUGCGCGUACCCUGCGUGCAGGCAUGUGCGCGGGCCACAGCAGAUCGUACCGUAAAGCAUUACCCUAAUGUUUUUCAGGCACCCAAGCAGAUUUCUGUGUUUGAAAAGUUUAACCUAAAGCAUUAAACAUUCAUCACAAAUGAUGUUUAAUGACUUUUUAAACAAGAAGGUAGUGAACAAGAAGAUAAGCCUUGUUCUAUGGUUAAAACGGCUUAGGACUUCAGUCCCGCAAAGGUCUCAAUUAUUUUCUGUAGCGAGUCUAAUUUCUAGACAUUAUUAUGUUAAUUUUAAUUUUUCUGAAAAUAAGUAUCAAUCUAUGAACGAUGCAAUUCAAUACAAAGAACUUAACUUUUCUGAAUAACCAUAUGAAAUAUGUAAAUGAUUGUAUUACAAAUUAGGUUAGUACACUAUUCAAACAAUAUAAUACAACAUGCAAAUGCAUUACGCCAUACUGGCUGGAGGGUGUGCAGCAAGUGCAGGAUUAUUUGGAAAGUUAUCCGGAUUAGAAAUAUUUGAGGGAUUACUUGCCGUAAGAGUACUUUUUUUCGGAGCUAUGCUACUAUGUAAUCUUGCAGUCUGGACUCUGUUUGUUAGAGCCCUACAUCAGUCUCAUUCUUCUUUAACAGCUACAAUGGUCAGCUCAACAUCGAAUUAUUUAAUUACAGCACUUCUUGGCACUUUCGUGCUCGGAGAAAUAACUUCAACAUAUUGGUGGAUUGGAAUGGGAUGUAUCCUAAUCGGUUUAAGUCUGAUUGUUUCUGAGGAAAACGGUCAAAAAGAAGUACCAAACUUGUGGACAAGACGGAGUGGAAGUCCGAGAAUAAUUUCUUUACCGCACAGUUAGUAUAAAAUUAAAAGUAUUAAAUAAUAAAUAUAUUUAACAAAAAAGUGUCGAAAAGCAUCCAUUUAUUACCUGUUAUUUAUGUUCAGUUAGUGACCUCAUUGAUUGCUUUGUUUUCAUUUUUUUAAAUGUGAAUUAAUGUUAUUUCAAAUGCGUAUGUAAAUUUUUUCUCGUUUUUGAAACACUUAACGAUCCAACUCAUGUAACUUCAAUACUAUGAAUACUACUACUACUAACUGAAACUCUAAGUUUUUUAGUUUAAUAAAUGCCUAUUGUAAAGAGAAA